AUGGAGACCAAAACCAACAUGGCAGACGACCAAAUCCAGGUUGAAGAAGACAUCUAUGACGUCCUCAUCGUCGGCGCCGGCCCCUGCGGCCUAGCCAUCGCCGCCCGUCUCCGCGAACACACCCCAGCCGCCCUCUUCACCGACGAAGAACACCGUCGCUUCCACUGGAUAAGCAAAUACGGCAACAAAGUAACCCUCAAGAACUCUCGCAGCGGCAAAGUCACAAACGGCCGCAAACCAGAGAGUCAGCCCGAGUACCGCAUGCUCGUGCUCGACGCCGAUGACGGCAACUGGAUGGGCAGGUGGAAGAGGCUCUUCAGGAUGUAUGACAUUUCGCAUCUGAGGAGUCCUAUGCUUUGGCAUGUUGAUCCGCAGGAUCGGGAUGCUUUGCUUUCGCAUGCGUAUAUGAACGGCCGUAAGGACGAGCUGAUUGAGAUUCGCCAUUGCGUUGGUAAGGAGGUUAGCAAGCAUGCUAAGAAGAAGAUGAUGGGGCAGAAGCUUUGUGGGAGAAGACAAGAAGCCCGUGUCGACAUCAACCUGCGGGAGCAAAACGACUACUACAAUCCCUCGGCGUCUCUCUUCGAAGAUCACUGCCAACACGUCGCCACUCGGUAUAGACUGGGCCCGGAUCUCAUUCGCCACGAAACCCUUGAGCACCUCGACUACGGUGAAGUCAAGGGCAUUUCCAUCAACGGCGAGGACCUCUUCACCGUCACGUCCAACAAGGUCCGGCGAUACGCCCGCGCCGUCGUCCUAGCCGUCGGCCCCGCAAACGUGGCCAGGAUCCCCCGAAUCCCCGGCAUGCCCGAGACGGAUAAGCUCCCCCAGGCAUGCCACAGCAUGUAUAUCCCCGAGUUCCCAGCCCCCGUUAUCAUGAAGCGCAUGGCGGCUCGCAAGCAGACAAACAUCAUGGUUGUCGGCGGUGGUCUCACAUCGGCCCAGCUCUCAGACCUUGCCAUCCGCAAGGGCGUCACCAAGGUGUGGCAUGUCAUGCGAGGACCUAUUCGCGUCAAGCAUUUCGACGUUUCCCUUGACUGGAUGGGCAAGUACAAGAAUGCCAAGCAGGCCCAGUUCUGGUUUGCCGAUUCGGAUGAUGAAAGACUAGAGAUCAUCAAGGAGGCCCGAGAGGGAGGCAGUAUUCCCGCUCGGUUCCUGAAGCGCCUUGACAAGCAUCUCGCGGCAAAGAAGCUCGAGAUCUUUACAGAGACAAGCAUCGUAGAAGCCAAAUUUGAAGGAGUCGACGGAGACGGUAUCUGGACCAUCCAGACCAACCCACCCAUCAAGGACAUGCCCCCAAUGGACUACCUGUACUUUGCGACGGGCAUCCAAACCGAUUUCACCACACUCCCCUACCUAAAGACGAUACUGGAGAAGCACCCCAUCGAGGGACGCGGCGGAUUCCCCUGUAUCAACAACGACCUCAUGUGGAACGACGAUGUGCCUCUGUUCAUGAUGGGACGUUUGGCCGCGUUGAGAAUUGGACCUGCGGCGCCUAACUUGGGAGGUGCGCAGAGCGGAGCUGAGAGAGUUGCCUGGGCUAUUGAGGAUCGCAUUUCUCGUCCUGGAGAGGAGGACUUGGGUGGUGAUGACAAGGAGGAGAAAGACCACAGAAAGGGAUAUCUUUCGGGACACGGCAACAUAACCAGAAAGGUCAAGUGUGACGAGACGUGGCCCAAAUGCAAUAGGUGCACCUCCACAGGCCGCACAUGCUCCGGCUACCGGCCACCCCCCGCGGGCUCUCUCUCCUGGGACCUGCUGCUCCGUCCCCAGCCGCGUCUCCUCCCCUCCGCAGACGGCCGCGAAACCCGCAGCCUGUCCUUCUUCCACCGCGCUGUGGCUCCCUUCAUCUCGGGUCCCUUUGACGGCUCGUUCUGGACCCAUUUCGUCACGCAGGUUGCCCAUGCCGAGCCCGCGGCGCGUCAUGCCGUCAUGGCCGUCAGCUCACUCUUCGAGAACUUUGACCCCAGCGUAUCCGGGAUAGCAACGAUGGAUAGGUUUGCCAUAUUCCACUAUAAUCAGGCCAUCAAGAGGCUUGUCGAAGAUCCCUCCCCGGACAUGGAUCUUGUGCUGCUCGUCUGCAUCCUCUUCAUCUGCAUAGAGUUCCUGCGGGGCGAUCGAGAUACAGCCGUCAACCAUGCCCACCACGGUGUGCAGCUGCUCAACCAGGCUGGCAAGAAUUCCAAACUCACAGCUGUGUUUUCUCAAAUGAGCAUCUUUCCCCUGUUCUUUGUCCAGUCGGGCACUGAUUUUCCCCACCUCGCCACGCAUGCCAUUAACAACAACGCCGCCAACCCUGUGUUUCGCAGUUUAAUAGAAGCCCAGCACGCGCUUGAUCUUCUCGGAAUUCGCACUUUUAGGCUCAUGCGCGCAGCGAGCCCUUACCGGUCCGAUAUCGACCCAGGAAGGCCCCCACAAGAAUUGCUCGACGAGCAAUUCUUCCUUGGCCGUGACAUGACAGCAUGGGGAGAUGCAUUUGCAAGAUUUCAGGCAUCACGUGCCGCCGGCAGUCGAGAAGAUGCAGCAUCCCUGGCGCUCAAAACUCGGCAGAUGAUUGCCAGGAUCUGGGUUGCAGAGAGUUUCAACAAGGAAGAGAUGGGCUACGACGCGCGCAAGUCUGAAUUCGAAGAGAUUGUGAGGUGUGCGCGCCUCGCGGCCGAGCAGAACGACUCGCUUGAUCGAGAGGGACUCCCUCGGCCCAAGUUCAUGUUUGACUUGGGGUUCAACCCAAUGCUGCACUUUCUGAUCAUCAAGUGUCGCUACUUUAACUUGCGCGUCGAAGCGCUGGCGUUACUAAAGAAGCUCUCGUAUGCGCGAGAAUCGCUCUGGGAUGCAUCUCUGGUGUACGACGUGUCAAAGCGCAUUAUAGAAGUCGAACACAAUGUCAAACUCCCUACUGACAAGGUUAUUGACGAUGAAACGCGGCCGACAGACGUGGAGAGGGUGAGGGGCUUCUUCUGUGAUAGAAACAGGCCCGAGACCCCGCUCUGUGAUAAGGAGACGCUGGCAAGGAGGCCGAUUGAUCUGGUGGUUGGAAAGCCCGGCGGUGGUAUCGAAGUGAGGAGGGACUUCAUCGGCGAGGACGUUUCGCACAGCAUAUCGCUAAACCUGACCCUGAUCGGAUUCUAG